AUGGCUUCCAAGAAGAAGUGGAGUGAGCGAAGGGAGCUGCGCAGGGAUCGUCCGUUUUCCACCCGGGAUGAUUCGUCUGUGGCGUCCGGGACAUCGGGGCCGGGGCGCCCCGCCACCAGGGGGCGCUUCUCUGAGUCGUGGAAGAGGCUCAGCUCCAGAGGAGGCUCCACCAAGAGGGGGGUGCUCAGCUCUCAGCAGCCACCGGCGCAGAAGUCAUGGAUAGAACGAGUAUUCAGCAAGAGAGAAUGUGUGCAUAUCAUAGUGAGCGCCAAAGACCCCCAUAGGUGCUGUUGCGGCCGUCUGAUUGGUCAGCAUGUGGGCUUGCCUCCAGGUAUAUCAACGAGUCAGAAUGAUAAGGAGGACCGGUUGGCCAAGAACGACAGCCUGUUGGAGAAGUGGUCGAUCUGCAAGCACACACAGCUCAGCCCCACCGAUGCUUUCGGCACCAUCGAGUUCCAGGGAGGAGGACACUCCAACAAAGCCAUGUACGUGCGAGUGUCUUUCGACACGAAGCCCGACCUGCUGCUGCACCUGAUGACCAAGGAGUGGCAGCUGGAUCUGCCCAAGCUUCUCAUCUCGGUCCACGGGGGCCUGCAGAACUUUGAAUUACAGCCCAAACUCAAACAGGUCUUUGGCAAAGGGCUCAUUAAGGCUGCCAUGACAACGGGAGCCUGGAUCUUCACCGGCGGAGUCAACACAGGAGUGAUUCGCCACGUUGGUGAUGCGUUGAAAGACCACGCCUCCAAGUCAAGGGGGAAGAUCUGCACCAUCGGCAUUGCUCCAUGGGGCAUUGUGGAAAACCAGGAGGAUCUCGUUGGCAAAGAUGUGGUGCGUCCCUACCAGACCAUGUCCAACCCCAUGAGCAAGCUGACGGUUCUAAACAGUCUCCACUCCCACUUCAUCCUGGCGGACAAUGGCACCACGGGGAAGUACGGCCCUGAGGUCAAGCUACGCCGUCAGCUGGAGAAACACAUCUCCCUGCAAAAGAUCAACACACGUAUCGGCCAGGGUGUGCCGGUGGUGGCUCUGAUCGUAGAGGGAGGCCCUAAUGUGAUCUCCAUUGUGCUGGAGUACCUCAGGGACACGCCUCCCGUCCCGGUGGUGGUGUGUGACGGCAGCGGCAGGGCCUCGGACAUCUUGGCCUUUGGACACAAAUACUCUGAGGAGGGAGGCAUAAUUAACGAGUCUCUAAGAGACCAGUUGCUGUUGACCAUCCAGAAGACUUUCACCUACAGCCGCACACAGGCCCAACAUCUGUUCAUUAUUCUCAUGGAAUGCAUGAAGAAGAAGGAGCUGAUUACAGUUUUCCGGAUGGGGUCGGAUGGUCAUCAGGACAUUGACCUUGCCAUCCUCACAGCAUUACUAAAAGGUGCCAACGCUUCAGCUCCUGACCAGCUGAGUUUGGCUCUGGCUUGGAACAGAGUGGACAUCGCCCACAGUCAAAUCUUCAUCUACGGACAGCAGUGGCCUGUCGGCUCCCUGGAGCAGGCCAUGCUGGACGCCUUGGUUCUGGACAGAGUGGACUUCGUCAAGCUGCUGAUUGAAAACGGAGUCAGCAUGCACCGCUUCCUCACCCUCUUCAGACUGGAGGAGCUCUACAACACGAGACAUGGACCGUCCAACACGCUGUACCACCUCGUCAGAGAUGUCAAAAAGGGAAAUCUGCCCCCGGACUACCGCAUCAGCCUCAUCGACAUUGGACUGGUCAUAGAAUACCUCAUGGGCGGGGCUUACCGGUGUAACUACACCAGGAAGAGAUUCAGAACGCUGUACCACAACCUCUUUGGACCAAAGAGGCCCAAAGCCCUGAAACUGCUGGGGAUGGAGGAUGACAUGCCCAUCCGCAGAGGCCGCCAGAAGACCAAACGCAAACGAGAGGAGGAAGUAGACAUCGAUUUGGACGACCCUGAAAUCAACCACUUCCCUUUCCCCUUCCACGAGCUUAUGGUGUGGGCCGUGCUCAUGAAGCGUCAGAAGAUGGCGCUGUUCUUUUGGCAGCACGGCGAAGAGGCCAUGGCCAAGGCCUUGGUCGCGUGCAAGCUCUGCAAGGCCAUGGCGCACGAAGCCUCCGAGAACGACAUGGUGGACGACAUCUCGCAGGAACUCAACCACAACUCCAGAGAGUUUGCCCAGCUGGCACUGGAACUCCUCGACCAGUCCUAUAAACAGGACGAGCAGAUGGCGAUGAAGCUGCUGACGUACGAGCUGAAGAACUGGAGCAACGCCACCUGCCUGCAGCUGGCGGUAGCGGCCAAACACCGAGACUUCAUCGCUCACACCUGCAGUCAGAUGCUUCUGACCGACAUGUGGAUGGGACGCCUGCGCAUGCGCAAGAACUCAGGACUGAAGGUGAUCUUAGGGCUGAUUCUGCCGCCAUUCAUCCUGAGUCUGGAGUUCAAGAACAAAGAUGAGAUGUCCUACAUGCCCCAAGAUCAGGAGACCUACCUGCAGGAGAAAGAGGAGGAGGAGCCUGAGAAACCAGUCAAGGAGAAGGAGGAGGAAGACAUGGAGUUCACAGUAAGAUCUUACUGUGAGGCGCAGUACAACUCCGUGGCCAUGCUGGGUAAGGUCACCACGGAGACAUCCAGGAAGAAGGAUGUUGAGGAGGUUCAGAAACGCCACCACCUCAUCCCCUUGGGACGCAAGAUCUACGAGUUCUACAACGCUCCGAUUGUCAAGUUCUGGUUCCACACGUUGGCCUACGUGGGAUACCUGAUGCUGUUCAACUACAUUGUCCUGGUAAAGAUGGACCUGUGGCCCUGUCCUCAAGAGUGGAUCGUCAUUGCUUACAUCUUCACCAACGGCAUUGAGAAAAUGAGAGAGAUCCUGAUGUCAGAGCCAGGGAAGUUGUUACAGAAAGUGAAGGUGUGGCUUCAGGAGUACUGGAACAUCACAGACCUCAUGGCCAUUCUCAUAUUCUCUGUCGGCAUGGUUCUGCGUCUCCAGGAGCCGCCGCUUAUGAGCUAUGGCCGGGUCAUCUAUUGCGUCAACAUUAUCUAUUGGUACAUCCGGCUGCUGGACAUCUUCGGGGUCAACAAGUACCUGGGUCCCUAUGUGAUGAUGAUUGGCAAGAUGAUGAUCGACAUGAUGUAUUUUGUGAUCAUCAUGUUGGUGGUGCUGAUGAGUUUUGGGGUGGCGCGUCAGGCCAUCCUCAACCCUAAUGAAGACGCGUCCUGGAUGCUAGCUAGGAACAUCUUCUUCAUGCCUUACUGGAUGAUCUACGGAGAGGUGUUUGCCGACCAGAUUGACCAUAUGCAUAGUAGGAAGUUAAAGCACAGGCUGAAUGAAAAACUCUUGCUGGCCGACAAUUACUUACGAACUUACGGAACCUGGCGUACUAGUGGUCCAUCCCACAAUGCCCAGUGCAGUCAAAACCCCACCCCCUGUGGGCAGAACAUCACCAUGGACAAUGGGGCGGUGGUGGCCCUGCCUCCCUGUAAGACCGGGGCCUGGAUCGUCCCGGCCAUCAUGGCCUGCUACCUGCUGGUGGCCAACAUACUGCUCGUCAACCUCCUCAUCGCUGUGUUCAACAAUACAUUCUUCGAGGUGAAGUCCAUCUCCAACCAGGUUUGGAAAUUCCAGCGCUACCAGCUCAUUAUGGCCUUCCAUGAGCGCCCCGUGCUUCCUCCACCCCUCAUCAUCAUCAGUCACAUCACUAUGGCCCUUAAGCAUCUGUGUUGUCGCUGGCGCAAGCAUGACGACGACGAGAGGGACUACGGCCUGAAACUUUUCAUCACAGAGGAUGAGCUGAAGAAAGUCCAUGACUUUGAGGAGCAGUGCAUAGAAGAGUACUUCAGAGAGAAAGACGACCGGUUCCACUCCUCCAACGAUGAGAGGAUCAGAGUCACUUCUGAAAGGGUGGAGAACAUGGCAAUGCGUCUGGAGGAAGUCAACGAGAGGGAACACUUCAUGAAGGCCUCGCUGCAGACCGUCGACAUCCGCCUGGCCCAAAUGGAGGAGCUGAUUGGACGCAUCGCCGUAGCGCUGGAGCGCGUGACGGGCGUGGAGCGUGGGGAGGUCAACAAAGUGCGUUCUCGGACUUCGUCGGACUGCACGGACUCUGCGUAUAUCCUCCGCCAGGCGGAGUGCCCAGAAGCAGCGUACAUCCUCCGUCAAAGCAGCUUCAACAGCACAGAAGGGAACGCCUACCGUCUGCAGGAGGCGCUGGAGGGAGCGGCCGAGGGCUCCAUGUCCCCUCCUUCCCCGCCCGGAGCGACCGCACGAACACGGAGCCACUCGUUUUACGUCGGUCGCGGUGGCGACCGUGCCGAGAGCUUCUUCAAAGAGCGCUCUCUCAGUCUCCAUCGAGCCAACAGCUCACAGUCCGUGUCCUCGGGUGCCGCCCCCAAGGAGUCUAAGCCCCUCCCCCUGGCGACGCUGUCGGUCUCCCAGCAACACCGUCCGUCAUCGUGCAUCGAUAUCUACGUCUCGACUUCUGAGGAGGUACGGCCCGCGGAGGUCUUCCUGAAUCCUCUCCGCAUGGUCCCGCCGCUCCACAGGGACUGCUCGCUGCAGUCGGACGCCACGGAGACGGUGCUGCCGGGAGGCCGGGACUUCGGCAGCACCGCCGCCAGCGGUGUGGGCGAUAGGCACUCGGAGGGCGGAACCGCCGGAGCCGUGUUCGACGACAGCGCGGCGGCCGAUCUGUCUUUGUGCUCGGCCCAUCUCUUACCCGACGCCUCUUUACCUCCCUGGGACAUGGAUCCAUCCCCGCCUUCCUCAGCGGGGCUGCUCGAGCGCUCCAAGAGCAGCCGCUACCUCUCCACGGCGGGCGCGGCGUUCCUGGACAAGCCCCCUCUGGUGAAGUCGCACAGCCUCAUGUUCACGCCGAGAGGCUCGUACAGCGGACUGGGGGCCGGAGUCCAGGUGAAAGCUGCCGAGUACACCAGCAUCACCGACUGCAUCAACACCCGCUGCGUCUCCGCUCCGUACACUCCUGCCGAACGCUCGCACUCCCCCGGGGGAUCCACCUCCUUCCCUUUUGAUAAGCCGUCAGACAUCGCUUCCACUCAUCCGGAGAGAGAGGCGGAGCUCAGCCACACGGAGUCUGAUCCGGAUGACUCCGAUGACCUGAUUCCAGCCCCUGAUACUCCUCGCCUGGGGGGCCUCGGCGGGCCCAGUGGGGCCUCUCUCUGCUCGCCCUACUCCAGGCUGGAGCGAGCAAACAGCUGCUCCUCAGACGACUCCCAUCCUUCCCUCACGCUGGCCCCUCCGCACCGGAAGAGCCUGUCGGUGAGUGAGAGGAUGGAGCGGGGACAGGGUCUGGGGGCAGACAGGGGGCCCGGGCCCGGGGGCCAGGGUCUGGCAGGAACCAGAAACCCCUUCCUCAGGAGCAAGUCCGGCACACGGCCUGACACCGCGAAGACGGACAGCCUCUCCAUGAGGAAGCUGGCCACUCCGUCAGCGUUCCGCAGCUUCGAUAGACAAAACUACACGUGACAAGAACACUGGGAGGCACCCGCCGAUAAGACCAGGGAGGACAGCUGACAGGGCCAAAGUGAAAGCAGGGUGAAGUUGCCCAGAGAUGCUGAUCUGGACCAGGUCUACUGGUUUUUUUCACUUACGUUUUAGGUUAGAAAAGGUGGUAAAAGAUUGAUCAUAGUCAGUGCUGGAGGGCAACUUUACCCUGGAUGAGGUGUCGGGAGACGGCCUGCUACCCACCAGUCCAAACAAAGAGCUAUGAAUCCAGAGUAGUUUUGACCUCCUCUUGUAGCGAUGUAACUCUCAAUGGGGUGUUAUUCAAGAUUCAAGAUUCAAGAUUCAAGAUGUUUUAUUUGUCACAUACACACACAGGGUGUGCAGUGAAAUGAAAGUGGCAAUGCUCAGCAGGAAUGUGCAAGUGCAACAAGUACACACUAUUUACAAUAAAAAACAACACAAUA